CUUCAGUUCUCGAAGCGAACCGGUCGGUGAAAGAGCGCGCCAAAGCGUGCCCUGAAUAUCAUGCGGCGAUCGUCUGCAACGCUGUGAAGCGAAAGUGGUCAUUCAAAGUUUAAGUACUCUACAAUCAAAGACAGCAUGUUAAGCUACCUCAUAAUUAUUGCAAUAGUGUCAAAUGCUCAAGUUUUCGGAUCUAAUAGUACUUUUAACAAUGUUACUGCGCUUACGGCCGGCAAUGACUUGUGGUUCGGAUUGGUACGGGACUGUCAAGAACCGACGGUAUCUUGCAUUAAGAACAGUAUUUAUAAUUUUCUUAAAAAUACCUUCGACUACGACCGUGACUUGAAUUUUACUAGUUUUAUGAAAUUUUCGAAAAACAACAUCAUAUACAAGACCCCCAUUAACCAAUCUAUAACAACGGGUAUCGAAAACAACUUCCUAAUUGGAGACGAAUCACCUUUUGAAGAAAUAUCUAGAUCAUUAAAAGAUCAUUCCAAAAAGUUCUUGAUGACGCAUGAUCUGGAACUUCAAUUGCCAGAUCCCUUUUUUCUUGGCGCCACAUUAAAAAUUUCACCAAGAAAUGUUGACGAAAGUGGUACUAUGCUCAAUCUACAGUUGAUUCCCAAGGAUCUGAAGAGAUCAAUAGGAGAAGGACGAAUAUUGGGAAAUCUCAUUGGAAAAAUCAUCAAAAAGUACAUCACAGACCGACUGCUAUAUGCUCUCUUGGCCAUAUUAGUUGUAAUCAAGCUUCUAGCAGUCAAUGUGAUCUUCUUCCUGCCUUCAAUGUUGGGCGUAGUGACAGCAAAAAAGCUAAUCGUGAAAGUCCUGCUCUUCCUCUUCCCAGCCUUACAUCACUUAUUUAAAUUAUGUGAAUACACGCCGUAUGGCGCCAAGCAUCACAUCCACAAACAUCAAAUUGCCCACAUCCAUCAAGUAGCUGGAGGAUACCAUCAUCAUAAACCUCAUGUUGAGGUUUAUGACGAACAUCCCCACCACCAUGGUCAUGGUCAUGAAAUUGAUCAUCAUAGUCAUGACUAUGGUCACGGCCAUGAUCAUGGUCACGGUUAUCCUGAAAUAGAUCAUUAUUCGGAAUUUGCUCACAAGGACGAUACAAAUUAUGGAGAUGAUUCUUACCCGGCUGCUUCUUACGAAAAUGAAGUCUACCACAAGGAUCCAGAUGAAAGCGACAAUAGUCUGUUUGGUUCAGGCCAUUCUUCCAAACGUCCAAAACACGGUGGGAAGAAACCCAUGACGGCAACCGAAAUUGAAAAUAUGAUUCUCCGAGCAGAAAAGGAAGCCUUGAUAAAAAAUCGUCUGCAGAAAGAACGCCAACGAAUUCACGAAGAAAACUUGAAAUUGCAAGAUCAGCUAAACACUGCUCUUAAAAUACAACAAAAACUAAAACUCCAUGCAGCAGUAGCUACAGCAAAGUUAAAACCAGGUAAAAAGAAACCUCUUCACCUUCUCGCUCCACUUAUUCCUCCACCGCUGCCUUCCCCAGUUAACCAGUAUCCACAAAACUCGUUUGCAGAACCUCCAACAUAUCUGCCAGAUGUUGCCAAUUCCGUUCACCUUACAGAAAACUCACAACCAGGAGAGUUUGCUGAACCGCCAACAAAUUUUGUAGCUCCUACUUCGAAUUUUGUAGCACCGCCUACUAGUUUUAUAGAACCAAUUCCGCCAAUAAAAUCUAGUGUUCUAACUCCUGGGAUAUUAGGAGCUGGACUACCAGGAGAAACUGUGCAAGCAGUGCAAAGUUUCCUAAGUCAAAAAUCAGUACAAAACCAAAAAGGCAUCUUCCCAGUGUACUCAGUGCAACAGACUGAACAAUUUGAAGUACCUGAGUACACGAAAAAAGUCAAUCCACAGCCAGUCACAGAAAAGCAAAUUGUGGUACACACCCAAAAGGUAGCUAACAGCCGAAAAUCUGAUCAACUAACUCCAGAAGAAGAAUUAUAUCAAGCAGCUUCUAUAACUUACGACUCAUUUUACAGCCCUAUUUUAGAGAAAAUUGACGGUGUGCUACACUCUCUUGGUUUUGUAGAAGAACCGUGCAAAGAGAGAUUAAUUUGCAGUAUGUACAAGAAUCCAGAGAAGUUCAGUCCUCACAGUAAUCUUAUUUCGGCGGAGUUAUCUAGGGAUCCCAAGGAGUUAAAGAAACCUACUUCGACGAAUGCAGCUGUGAUCCGAUUCUACAAAUAUGUACAAGCAGCCAGAGAUGGACAAGAUCAGAGAGACUGUAUCCGAUUAUAUCCUUCAUGCAUUGUUAAUACUGAAGUAUAAAAUAACAACGCAGACAUCUUUAUAAUCCAAAAAAAAAACAUCAUACUAAGAGAUGUAUAGAGAUAAGGAAAAUUUUCAUUAAGCAUCACCGAGAGUUUAUUAUACUAAACAAUCAUCACACGAAGUUUAUCAUUGGCUAAACUCAUUUUCACUUCUCUUAAAAAUGCAGUCCUAACAAUAUAUAAGCAUUGACGUACUCUUGAAAAUAAACAUAAACUUUUGAACGACAUAUUGUACUUUUAAAAUAGUAAAGAGAUUUUGCCAAAUAUUUUGAUAGGUUUAAGUUGGUAGGUUCUGACAAAUAUAGGGUGUAUGUAAGGGUUGAUUGACUGGUAAUUUUGUGUAAUAUUUAUUAUAAUAAUACUUAAAUACAUAAAAUAUGUUAGUUUCAGUAAAUAACGGUAAAUAGAUUUCAAAGUUCAAUUUUGUACGGGCCGUCAUGAUGUAAUUUCUUUUAAAAAAUCACAGCUAUGAUUUAUACAUACCCAUAAAAGUCAGGUUACUACGAUGUUGUAUCUUUCCUAUAUCUACUGUUAUACGGAGUUGAGUCGUGGACUCUCACAGACACUACAUGCAAGAAAAUUGAGGCUUUCGAAAUGUGGCUUUAUCGUUGAAUCCUAAAGAUAUUUUACACCGACCGCGUUACUAAUCAGGAUGCCUUAUUAAUAAUACAAAAAGAAAAAGGGCUUCUAACUGUUCUAACAACAAUAAAAACAGCCAAAAGGAAUAACUUAGCCACUUCCUGAGCAACAGUAAAUAUAUGGAUUGCUGCAACUAAAUUUACAGACGGACUAAAAUUAUCUUCAAAACGUUUUCGGUUCAAUCAGACCAUCAUCAGUGAACCAUCUUGAAAGUAGUUCAAAUUAGCCACAUAUCUAGUAGGUAUAAUAUCUUUUAGAAUACAUGAUAAAUAUAUUGAAUUAUAAAAAUGCAAUGACACGAGGUCGAUGUUAUCGGAUAAAACUUUAAAGUAACUAUGUAUGUAAGGAUGUAAUAUACAUCCCCCUUCUCGAAAAAACGGACAACUUAGUCCAAUGUUUGAUACUAGCCAACUGAGUUGUAUCAAUGAUACCAGCCUAAUACCCAUUAUCCCGAUUUUCAUUAGUUUUAUCUUUUUAAAUGCGUAUGAAUGCUGCUUUUCUGCAGCAAAAAGCAUAUUCUUACGUGUCAUGUCGCUAUUUUACGUAUGAAUUUCACUGUGUCAGACCUGGAUAUUCUUAGCUAUCUAUAUCAUUUAACAUUUGCCUGGUACUGAGGGCGAAUUGUCUAUGUUUUCUUGUCGCAGUGAAAUAGUGGACACCAUGAUUCUCCUUAUUGUUAUCGUUGUAUGUUCCCCUUACUUUCAACGAUAUGUGAAAUUCUUUUAAAAGUGCCUGUCUUCUAGUGAUGUUGAAGACCACCUUGACCCAUUUUAUUUUAUUCACAACAGCUCGAUAUGGAUCAGUUAACGCUAAUCCAGUCCAUUUCCUAACAUUGGCUAGCCAGGAUAUAUUAUUUCUAUGUCCAGUGCCUCUCUUGUCUUCAACCUUGCCUUGUAGAAUUAAUUGUAAAAGUCAGUAUUUACUAUUACGCAUAAUGCGACUGAAGUAAAUAAAUUUUCUGUUCUUUACGGUGUUAAUAAUUUUUCUUUGUCUUUUUUUUUAGCCUCUUAAGAAUAAUUAUGUUAGUUGUGUGGUGUAUACCAGGUGGUGAAUCGUAAAACGGGCCAUAGGAAACUCAAUGUAAAAUUCUAAACUGUUGAAUUCCUGCUUCCCUAAUUAUUUUACAUCAAAAGUCAUGAAAGAAUAUUUGUAGAGAAUUGAAAUCUGUAUUGAAGUCAAAAGCUAAAUUUGUUCUACGAUUUAAAGGCAUUCCAAAAUUUUGAAAAAUAUAAUACAAUUGCCACAGUAGGUAUGUGUGUAAAAGUUAGGCCACACGUUACUAUUUAACUGACAGUGCUCACACCAUUGACUGAAUAAAAAAUAUUUAUCAUUAAUACUUUCUCCGCAACUGAGGGUAUCUUAUCAAUUGUAUUAUUUUUAAACAAUAAAUGAUAAAAUAAAAAUAUUUACAGUUCAAAAAUGUGAAAAUAAUAACUUCAUUGUGACACAUUAUUGCACUGUAUGUGGCCUAAUUUUGGGCUGAAAAAUUGAAAAGUGUAUUACAUUUUUACAAAAUUUUGGAAUAUGUUUAAUUUGUAGAACAAUUUCAACAGUUGUUUUCAAUACAGAUUUCAAUCCUCUACAAAUAGUUUCAAAUGUCUUUUGAUGUAAAAUAAUUAGGUAAGCAGAAAUUCAACAGUUUAGAAUUUUACAUUGAGUUUCCUAUGGCCCGUUUUCCAAUUCACCACCCGGUAUAUGAGAGCCUUAAUAUACGUCGGUAACAUUACAUUUCACAUACUUCUAAUCGUUUUAUGGCUUCUUCUGUAAUUCUCCAGUUUUCUACUCCGUAGAGGACUUAACAUCUAAGAAUUCUUAUUCGUAUAUUGGUACUAAAAGAUAAAUUGCAGAGAAUCUUUCUAAGACCGUUAAAAGAGCUUCUGGUUUUUUCAAUACGAGUUUGUUAUCUAACUGGGAGUACCGUGUAACGAGUUUCAUUCGUAAAGGUGAGGUUGACAUUGGAGUACGAGAAGCUGUUUGAGACGCACCGUAUCUAGCGAUUGCAAUCCAGCAGCAUUUGAGUCCAGCUGGAUUUUUGCAAGAUUAGCCUAAAUCCAGCUGGAUCCAGAGCGGAUCGAGCAAAAUGUUGAAUCAGAAUAAAAACACGAUUUUAAUGUUUUUUUGUCUUUAUUCUAAAUUUUUAAUCAAUAGAAACAUGAAUUAUUUAGUUUUUUGGAAGUGAGGCCUUAAAAAGCAUAUUUUAUCUAUCGUCUAACCUACUUCGCACAUAACUGCAUAUAUAUCCGGUUGCGAAGAAAGCCCUUUCGGCCUCUAUGCUGGUCGGUUUUAAGGUCAUCAAAUAGUCAUAAACCAUGCACAAAUGAUCGCCUUUCACUACUUCUGUCUCAUAAACGGCCAUUCCCUUUUCCAAAAUCUUUUUGUAAUCUUUCAGAGGAUCAGUUAUUUUUGGUUAUAAAGGUUUUCUCUUUUUCGUUUUAAUUCAAUCUCAAAGUCUUGUUCCGAAUUAAAAUUCACGGGCUCCGGAUUAGUAGACCCAUCUUCUUCCAUUAUGUCCUCUUACACUGGUUCCACAAUCACUUCUUUAUUUAAACGACUCAACAAAUUUUUCAUCUCUUGUCGCAUUGCAUUCUUUUUACUCAUAUGGAAAGAACCAGGAUUGUUAAGUCCUUCGUCAUACUUUUUUGGAUUCUGUAAGUACAAAAAUGUACCUGUAAUUUCAGAGAGGCACGCGCCGUUCCGCGAUUCUGUUGUGUAAUGCUUCCGAUGGAUCGGCACUAAGGCUAGAGUCUUGGAUAUUUUAGUUUAUCUAAGACAAAUUUUAUGGUUGUGUCGGCUGUUAUUAAAGUGGACUCUCUUCUGCAAAGAGCUUCUACAGCCAGUUUCACCGGUUAAAGAGUGGCGAUCAACUCAUUGAUUAUUGACCACUGUCUAUCAACGCUUAAUCGAUGCAAACUUUUAGGAUGUAGAAACUUUUCAGCAUACUGAGCUACUGCUAGCGCGAUAGAAUGGCAAGUUUCCGACUCAUGGCUUUGAAUAAAGAGGCUAAUGAAGAGAUUAGGUACUUUAUUUCGAAUGUGACAUGGUUGCCGAUCCACGCUGCUGGAUCCAGCACGGUUUGCUGGAUCCAGCAUGUAAAAAAAACGCGCUGGAUCCAGCUAGAUUGCUGGAUGCUGGAUCCAGCAAUUGCAAUCUCUAACCGUACCCCAUUAACUCCCCAGAUAUAAAUGAGUUGUCAAUAGUAAUAUGACAUAUUCGAUAAUGGAAAUGGCCUACUAAACGAAAUGAGAAUCUUACGAAAUAUAAUAAAAAGCGCUAAGAAACAGAAUAAGGAAGACAAAAUUUAAUGUAGUAUUAAAUAAGAAAAGAAAAUAAGAAAGAAAACAGGUGCUAUCGUAAAAGUGGGCUAUCGUGGUUGGGUUGGAAUUUGAGGAUUAAAACUUCACAUUUUCAAUGGCCAACUCAGUUGGCCAUUGAACUUCAAUAUGUGAGGUUUCAAUCCUCAAAUUCCAAACACGUGGGAAGAGUCCUGUUUUGGCCUGGGUAAUAUCCAGGUAUAUUUUCAACAUCAUUGAUUAUUUUUAUUAAUAUGUAAUAUAACACAACUGUAAACAUUUAAAGGGUUUUUACCCAAACUAUUUUGGUGGCUCAGGCAUGCUCAUUUUGGCUUUUAGUAACACUGAUGAUGGAUUUCUUAAUUCGAAAACGUUCUAUGAUUUAAUGUAACCCUUAUUUAGGGAAUUUUAAAUAUACCUUUCACAAAAAAUCUUGUAUUCUUUUAAUUUAUGGUAUACAGCCAUACAGGAAUUUUAUUUUCCUCCUGGAUUUUUUAAAAUAUAUUUGUUUCGUUGAAAUCAUAAAAAUGGAAGUAUAACUUCUUACGCGUGAACAAAAUACACACUCUUUUUUUAAUAUCUUUAGCAGAAUUAAUACACUAUUUUACAGAGCUUCAAAAACCUUUGUAAUUGACUAAAAUAAUUAUACUAAUUUUAACAAUUUUUGAAUUAAAAUUAAACCCGGAAAAGUUCUAACAUAAAUUAUUUCAAACGUCGUUUUCUCGAUACUUUGCUUUUUUGACUUAUGACACUGUUUGAGCGGAGGUGCGAUAUAAUAUGUACUAAAUUUUAUUUAAAUACAAUAAUAAAUCACAUAAAAUAAACAUGUUUUAAAACCUACGAAAUAAACCACACGAAAUCUAUUUACUGAUUUUUACUGAAUUAAAUACUGAAAGUCUGGUCUACUUAUCUAUUAGUCAUUUAAUAUUAGAUUAUAACACAGGCCUACAGUGUUUUUGGUGCCGCAGUAUUUAAAGCUGAUUUUGGGUAUCUUUGGGGUGCUGAUUCCGAAUAUGGCCUUAGUUUUGCUCUAUCAGCUCUAGUUUUCAAGAUAACAUAGAUCAUGCCAGCUUUUAUGCAUUAAAAUUCGAAUAUGCUGAUAUGAAUAUACUAAAUUAAAAUAAAAACCAAACCAUUAAAAAACACGUAUAUUUUAAGCCAUUUCAUCAUCAUCGUCAUCAUCCAGCCCUUUGCGUCCACUGCUGGACAUAGGCCUCCCUCAUUUUGUCCAUUGUGCUCCAUUUUGAGCACGGCAUCCAAUUUUUUGACAUUUUCUUGAGAUCGUCAGUCCAACGAGUAGGGGGUCUUCCUCUACUUUCUUUGUCUAAUUUCGGCCUCCACUUAAGUAAUCUCUUCGUCUACCUCCAAUCACUGAUUCGGGCGACGUGCCCGGCCCAGUUCCAUUUCAGGGUGGCAAUUCGGGAAAUUACAUCGGUAACUCAUGUUCUUAGUCUAAGUCUUAAUUUCCAACUCGGUCACGAAGCGAUAUACUCAGCAUUGACCUUUCCAGUUUCCUCUGAGCUAUUUGCAGCAUUUUAGAAGUUGUAGCUAUCAAUGUCAAAGUUUCGGCACCAUAAGUCACCACAGGCAACACACAUUGGUCACAUGUUUUACGUUUUAAAGAAAUUGGUAUAUCGCUUUUGAAGAUGUCUUUGAGUUUUCCAUAGGCUGCCCAUGCCCCAUGCCCCGUCUUCCUUGGUAGCGGUCCUCAAUGGUUUUUAUCUCUUGGUGAAGUCUCUCACCUUGCUCAUUACUUAUGUCAUCUAAGUUUUCAGCAAAACGGUACAAUUGGCUGUGAAGAUAGUUGACUUUGAUGCUCAUAUUCCAUCCAAGUGAUUGGAAGUCAUUCAGCAAACGGUUUACCAGCUCAGCAUAGUUUUCACUUUUGUGAUUUCCCAGAAAAUUUUUCAUAAUAUCCACAAAUGAAAGCCGAGCUUUUUUCUCUACUUCAUUCAUUGACCCCACAAAAGCAGGAUCCUCUGUAAGAAGUCUGAUCUGUGGUCCAUCAAAGAUUCCAACUUUAAGUUUUUCCAUACUUAUCUGGGGAAGCUUCCUUCCUAUGUAGGAGAAGCAAGGUCCAGGGGCAAUGAGCCAUUAUUAGAUGGAGGCUGAAUGGGUUUACAAGUGGUAAAUGUAUAAUUUUAAAAGUUUAAAAAUACUCUCCGAGCUGUUUUAUUUCCUUAUAAAAUAGUAAUGUAACGAUAAUAAAGUAUUAUUUCUUGCAUAAAUAAGGCAUAAUACAGUGAGGACAACAAAUAUAUACUGAGGAAUAAGUUUAAUUAACAAUGUACAUUCCUUUGAAUAGCACAUUCUUCAUUAUCUCAAAUAUUAAAGCUCUAAUUUCGGAUUUUGCCAUAUCCAUAAAACUAGAGCUGAUACAAAAAAACGAAAUCCAUGUUUCGAUUUAUCGCCCCUAAUAUAGUAAAAAUCAGCUUAAGGAUUCACGGCACCAAAACAAUUUUUUUUUCUUUAGGCCUGUGUAAUUUAUACCUAUUAUAAAAAUAACUUAAAAAGGUUUAUAUAACUUAUCGCUUUGAUGACAAGGGCUAAAACUGUAAAAAAAUCAAUCAAAUAAGAUCUAUUAAAUAUUCAAAAUAUUCAUUGGUUUUGCUCUUGUGAUCGAAUACGAUGUGAAUUAGUUUUAUAGAUCUAAAUCUAAGGGUUUGGGUUAUGGUACUUAUUUCUUAACUAGUGUGUAGGUUUAGGUUGUGUUAAUUCACUAUCAGCUUUGAUUCUUUGAAACCCAGAAUAUCAGCAAAUACAGUAAACCGAACCUAACUAAAUAGAACUGGUUUAAAAUAUACUAAUAAAUUUUAAUUAUCUAGUACAAAAUAAUUACAAUAUAACAAAAUAGUUACAAGCACGUCCCUAUGACGAUUUUAUAGCAGAAUGUAUAUUAAUUUGUCUUACAGACAAAAAAACCAAAUGCACGUUAAAUUAAUAUCAUCUGCAAAAUUGUUCAGUAAUUUCAUAAGGCAUAGGUGCCAUCUUUCCUAUAGGUUAACUCAUGGUAAAGGCAUAUCUUUACCAUAAAAAAUAGUUAAUAGUUAGUAUUAACUAACACAGUUCAGGGCAAAUAUGAAAAUAUCAAGAGCUAGUGUCGUUAUAAACUAUGACAUAAAGUAGUCAGCAAUAUAUGUAUUUUGAGUUAGCUUUAAGUAUUUAUUUAUUUAAUAAUUUAUUAACUAUUUAUUUCCAUAAUUGUAGUACUUAAUUAUUGUUUUUAUGUAAAUACAUGUGAUACAUAAUUGUAAUAAAGAUUUACAAAAUAAAA